AUGUUCUAUCUUGUCUGUAAUAAUCUUACCCGACCCCCUGCAUUCUUCCUAUAUCUAUCUAUCUAUCUAUCUAUCUAUCUAUGUCUGUUCAGAUCUAUAUAUCUUAGUCUUUUUAUAUCUAUCUAUCUAUCUAUCUAUCUAUCUAUCUAUCUAUGUCUGUUCAGAUCUAUAUAUCUUAGUCUUUUCAUAUCUAUCUAUCUAUCUAUCUAUCUAUCUAUCUAUCUAUCUAUCUCAGUCUGUUCAUAUCUAUGUAUUUUAGUCUUUUCAUAUCUAUCUAUCUAUCUAUCUAUCUAUCUAUCUAUCUCAGUCUGUUCAUAUCUAUGUAUUUUAGUCUUUUCAUAUCUAUCUAUCUCAUCUUUUCCAUAUCUAUCUAUCUAUCUAUCUAUCUAUCUAUCUAUCUAUCUCAGUCUGUUCAUAUCUAUGUAUUUUAGUCUUUUCCUAUCUAUCUAUCUAUCUAUCUAUCUAUCUAUCUAUCUAUCUAUCUCAGUCUGUUCAUAUCUAUGUAUUUUAGUCUUUUCCUAUCUAUCUAUCUAUCUAUCUAUCUAUCUAUCGAUCUAUCUAUCUCAUCUUUUCAUAUCUGUCUGUUGUAAUCUAUCUAUCUAUCUAUCUAUCUAUCUAUCUAUCUAUCUAUCUAUCUAUCUAACAUUACUAUCGAUCGAUCGAUCAAACGACCGAUCGAAUAAUUCCCUUGGCUUAUUUAUUAUAAUGGCUGUGAUUUUGCUUCAAGUGGCCAUUGUUCUUUGA